AGGUUUGUUGUUAGACCGGCCGGCACUUGGCGAACGACCGUUGUGUCGCUCGCUUUUACGUCAUCGAACCGGGUCCUAUAUUUUUCCAUCCUACAUGCAUUCUUAGAAGUGAAAACACGGACCCCCCUCCCAAAAAAACGAGCAAAAAAAUGUCGAAACGUGUUGUGAAAUUUUUUACAAAAAGGAAGUAACCCUCAGCAUUACUUCCUCCCCAAAGAAAGAAGCUAAAAAGAAAUGGAAGUGAUCAAAAUCUCACAAAUAUCGCGUCUAAUUAAAUUGAAAAUUACGUGAAAAAAUUAAAAAUCGUGUGUUUAUAUUUAUUUAAUUUUUUUAAAUUUUGUUUUGCCAAAACGAGUGAAACGCGGCGCGUCUAGAAAAAAAGAGAGAAAAAAAUGUUGCGCAACCGGUUUUGAGCCUUGGGGAUCCUCGGAAGAGGGACCAAAGGAUUCUCUCUUUCUGAACCAGUGAAAUUUGAUGGUGAUUAUGGUGACUUAGCAUCAUAGUGAGUGAAUUUAUUUUGUUCUGUUAUGUGUGAAUGUGUGGUAAUAAUAUUGUGGAAAAAUGCCGUUCGUGAUUCGAAAGAUAGAGCCUCGUUACGUGUGUCGAGGCCACGUGCCUCAAGGUACAACAUCAAAGGAUUGGCCGGUUGGGGCCGAAUUGGAGGCUGUGGCGAACGGAGCACUCACCUCAUCGCUAAAACAAUUGGGCUCGCUAUUGACAGCGGCUGAGGAUAUUUUUGCCGAUUUAACGGCCGAAUUGACAGCAGUCGCCGAGAGAAGUGGUAAACUACGACAAAGAUUGGACAAGGUCGAGGAACAUCUCAAUGCCACUGAUCCGAAGAAAAUUCCAGUUCCGGAAUCUGACAUCAGUUCAUUUGCGCUGAAGACAGAUCAUUUUCAAUCGACGAACAAACCCGUGACCUCGUUGUUUACAGCGGACACGAGGCCAAAAGCCUUGAAAGAAUUAUACGAAGCCGCCGCGGUUGUUGCUGUUCGAAGUUUGGAUUCUUUAAGAAGAGAUCAAGAUGGCAGUUCUAUGGACAUGUUCCUCUGCACCCCUGUCCUUGGCAAAAGAAGGCGAGAUCGCAGUCUCGAUAUUGAGUCAAGAGUCCCCGCCGCUAUCGAGGAUUUGCGAAGAUGGACAUCAGCCGAAGCCCUUGGGGAUGUUACUGUCCCGCCAGAUUGCAUGUCCAGGAUCUUGGGAGAUACGGCCGAUGACAGUGCAGUCGAUCACAAGCUUCCUAGUCCGGAGGAACAGGUUCAGGCAAUAGCACUCAAAUUCCCAGCAGAAAUAGUGGCUGUCGACGUGAGUGGCAGAGGAUUCGAUCGAAUGUCAAUGCGAAGACGAUCCCUGUUAUCUGGACCUGAAACACAAGAGACGGCCGUGAAAAGAAGGUCGCGUCCAAGGAGGCCUAGAGGCAAGAGACGAAAUACGAUCGCUGGUACCGAUCAGAAAGAAAUUCGUCAGGCUAUCGAUGGUGAGACGACGGUAGACGAACCUGAGGAAAAAGUUGGACCAUCGUCAAGAACACAACGAUCGGCGAGCACCGACAUUUUGGGAUCAUCGAAGAAGGACUCGCCAACUGAGAAGAAAUCUCAUUUCAAUACAUUGAAGGCAUGGGGAAUGUCAAGACUGAAACUAAUCAGCCCAAGGAGUAGUCAGAGUGUGCAACAACUCGAACAGCCGGAAGCCGAUGCUGGCUCAUCGAGCACCGACAGAACGAUCGAAGUCGAACCAGUAACACCGGAAGAGACUAAUAUCUACGAAACCGUGACGACACGACGAAGAAAGGACAAGUCACACGAAAGAAAGCCAAGUUCCUCGAGCUCCAGUGGCAAAAGUACAUCCAGUAUUCCUGUUUCUGUUCCUUCUUCCGACAAACAGCCAAGCGUUAAGUUGAGAGAAAGUGCCGCACAAAGGAGAGAAAGAAGAAAAGGAAGCGGUAGGGACGACGCUCCUCAUUCCAGUUCCGGAAACUGGAGCGCUUCCUCGGAAAGUGGACGAGCCAGUAUAGGAAGCGAGACGACUACAACGACGCACCAACCCAGAUCGACGACAACUGCUUCCAUUGGCACGUCAUCAACGUCCUUGUGUCACAUCAGGAGAUUCAAGGGAAGAGAUACGUCAGCCUCCUCCUCGGUCACUUCCGAGGGGACCUUAACUCCGGACAUCAUUCAAGACAUCACGGUCGUUCCCUUCUCAGACGAUGGUGAAACUUCUUCAGUCUAUUCUUGUGACACUGAAGGUUACUACACAUCCUUCCACAUGGACUCUGGACUGAAGACACUGAGGGAAGAGGAAGUUCUCCCACAGAGUCCUCUCGUCAGGUCCGUCGAUCUUGGAUCAGACCCAACUUCCCCGGUUGUUGAAAAUGAGUACGAAUUAUUCGGCAGGGGAUCGACCUCGACGACUACAAGUUCAGCAGGCACUGUCUGCACGGCUCUCUUGGCUCCUCCACCUCCUGAAAGAAAAUCCAGUUUAACUGUUGUUGCAAUGGUUCACGGUCAAAACAAACCAGGUGGUGAAUCGCCGGACAGUGGGCACAACACCUCCUCAUCGCCAGUGGAAUCCGCAUCGAGUCCAGCCUGCACAGGCAGAUCAUGCUCCGAAUUCGAAUACUCCGAGUCUAGUGAUCUGGAGGGUUGCGAUCGAAUCGAGAGGAUCCGUUCAAAGACCGCGAUCAACACGAGUCGAAUACCAUCGAUGUGCGUCAUCACUCCACCAGGAUCGGACGAUGAGCACGCGAAAGAACGUGACAAAACUAAACAAGACAGCAAGGAAAGUGCUGGUUCAGUAUUAAUGUCAGCGACAGUUGGAACAUCAAAAAUGGAAGUUAUCAACGGUCAGGAUAAGAAUCUUUACGCAACAGUGCAAACAAUUUUACCAUCGUCUGAGGAAAAGACAUCAUCGAGUUCGACAAAAGUCAGUCCACUGAGUGGAGUGCUGGGAAAACUUCGCGGUGUUCUUCAGGCAGGAAAGAAGCAUCAACAAAAAACAACUAUUCAGGAAUUGAUUAAUCCAGACUCUGGCGACUAUGUUACCAUAGCCGACGUGAGGAACAAUAAUGAUAAGCAUCAAGAUUCUACUCUCACUAUUCGUUCACCAGUGACCUACGCGAAUGCGGAUCUCUUCAAAAAAGACGCCGAGUACGUGAGUCUCAGCGAAUUGCCAAAGAAACCAGAUUCUUCCUUGGAGAGAAAGCGACAGGGCGCUAGAGUGACAUUAGAUUCGGAAGGAAAGGUCGUCUACUCUUCGGACAGUUUGAGACGAAGGAAGGGCGCACACACUACUUUUAAUCCAGGUCCGUUUGUAAAAGAAGGAACAUCGCCUAGUCCAUCGCCAUUACUUCAUCGUGCACAAAUAAACGUGCGAGCUAUUACAAAAACAUCGGACUUUGUCGAUGGAAAUAAAUUAUCACCAUCACCACCAACAUCGCCACAAUUGGGAAAAGUGAUAAUUCGAGCAGCAAAAAGUCCAGAGAGAGCAACGAGUCCAGAUUAUGUGCGAACACCAACAACAGUUGUCAGUCCCACCUGUCUCAGCAGUCCCUAUAAACAAGUUCGUGGCGCUUACGUCAACGUUCAAGGUGACGAAGAAAAUCCUUUGCUUUCAAUUACCGGUGAAACAAUUCCAGGACAAGUAAUAGUUCAACAACCGCCACCCUACAUUGGUCCACCAAGACCGCAUGAUCUAAGAAAAACUCAAAGUUACGAAGAUUUCGGAAAUGAUUCUAAAUCUCAGGCAAUGUUCUAUACAAGGCAAUGUGACAUGUACGACAACCGAUCAAAUUAUUAUCAUCACCAACAACAACCAUCACCACAAGCUAUGUAUCAUCAACAAACAUAUAUCGACGAUCCGAGAAAUUAUCAAAUCUACGAAAAAGGUCCACAAUAUUUGGAUCAACAUCAAGUAUAUCCGAAUUACAAUGAAAAUCAAAGAGUCUACAUUCAACAAGCUGUCCAAGCUCAAAAUACACGGAAUCAGCAAUUUUUCACACUUCCAAAUAAAAAAUCACAAAGAGAAAUUGAACCUCCUCGUAGUGUAACACCUGAUAUUACUCGAGGUUUAAGUCGAGGUCCCGUAAGUUCCAUGCACGUGCUUGCCAGACAGAGUCAGAAACCAGCACCGGAACAAAUAGGAUAUCAUAGACAACAACCGGAAUCUGACACCUACAUGGACCUGAGAAGGAGGCAAAUGGAACUAGAAGCUAGAAGCAAACUCUUUCAGCAACAACAACGAAAUCCUCCCGUGGACGUUAGGAAAAGAUUCGCGCCACCUCAGGCUUUAGCUUUCGGAUAUCGAUCAUUCGCCGCAUCGCCAGUACAACAGCUGGAGAAAAAAUACCCCUCUGUGGAAAAUUUGAAACGUACACCACUUUCUCCAAUUGGUCCAGAGCAUAACAAUGGAUUUAAAUCGUCAACGCCAACUGGAAGAUCAACACCCACUGUUGCUGAACGUUUAGCAUUAACGACAAAAGCUCCACAAUCGAGAAUCAGCACAUCGGGGAGAAGUACACCAGUUCUGGGUUCUUCCUCAGGAAGAAAUACUCCCACGAAUAUUGUUCUCUCCCCAACGAGAAGCACCAUGUCAAACGAGGAAUUAUUUACUGCCAUUCACAAAUCAAAAAAGAGAUUGAAUAUUAAAGAUGACAGUGCUGAUAAUUUAUCGCCCACAGGAUCAAUGCAUUCACUUUUGACAAACAACGCUGGCACGCGGCACAGUUGGAGUCCCGAAUCUCAAAAAACUCCCGAAAUACCAGUGACAGUUCAAACGCCGUCAGCAACAUCGCGUCUCGAUUUCAAGCGAUUACUUCUCCAGCAAAGCAUCAAAAGUGGACCAGUGAGACUAUCAGCCGCUGAACAAUUGAAACUCUCUCGUCAACAGUGUCAAUUACAGCAGCAAUUACCACAAAAUCUCCCAUCAUCGCCUCUCUCAAAAGUUCUCAGUCCACGUUCAGCGUGGAGGUUCCAAACGCCAAGAACCGAUGUUCUCUCAUCAACAAUAAUCGAAGACACAGCUGCCGAAGAGAAAGCGAUGAAACCAUCUCCAGAGAAUACAAUGCCUUCUGCAAAAUUCAAACGACAAUUAGACCUAUAUAGUUUACAAACAUCAGAAAAGGAAACACACAACAAUGAUAAUAGAAUAUCGACAAAAUUACUAAAAGAAAUUAAUAAUACAAACGAUAUGACCAAAUUAUACACAAAUGAAUUGAAAAAUAAUAAUAACAAAACAUUGACAAAUUUCACAAAUAUUUCUGAUCAAAGGGUGCCUCCUUUAUAUACACAAAUUGAAACAAAAAUCAAGGAACAAGAGACAAUGAAUUCAUAUUUAAAGUCAUCAGUACAAACAAAUGCGCAAGAUGCAAUCAAUGCAUCCGAGAGUCGUAGACUGAAUAACCAGUUGGCGAAAGCACAAUUUUUGGCCAGUGGCCCUAUUAAUAGUCAAAAUCAAAAUACCCUUUUUGAAAAACGUUUUCGAGCGCGUUCUGAAUCACCUCAACAUGCAACAAUGCAAAAUGUUAGUCGAAGUCCAAGUGCUCCGACCCUAGAGACUGCUCUUUAAAUACAUUUUUUCAUACAGCCCAAAUUGUAAGAUUUUAUAUAAUAAUUAAGAGUGAAAAAAAAUUGCAAGUAAGUUGUAUGUUAGAAAAUGCAAAAAAAUACGACGGUUCUGGUGUAUUUUGUCUUUAGUGAUUAUUGUACUGAACUGAACUGAUUAGACAUUGGCUCCCGAUAAUUUAGAUUACAUGUACAAAAAUGACUGAAAGUAAAGUAUUUUUUAAUAUCAAAAAAAUAUAUAUAUAAAUAUGUACCUCGACAUUUUCAUAUUAUUAUUAUUUAUUCGAAAUUAUUUAAAAAACCAGUUUUUUUCUUACUGGAGAAAAAUAUUUGUAUAUUAUUAAAGAAAACGUUAAUUUUUGUUUAUUCUACAAUUUUGAUUCUUGAAAAAAAAUUUAUUUCAAGAAAACACCACGAGAGAAAUAAUUGUACUAGAAAUUUGUAAAAAAAAAAUUGUCAAUUCGCAAAAUUGCGAAACUGAUUAAUUUUCAAAUACACUGAAAAGAAAACCUCGUAUUAUGAAAUAAAUUUUGUAUAUAGAGAAAAAUUAUUUCUAUUUUAAUAAUAGCUGGCUUGCUAGUCUAGUCUGGAAUGUAUAUUCGAUAAGGCGAAUUAAAACAGUAGAAAACUAAGCACAUUUUUCAUAAUUAAUUAAUUCUUUAAAAAAACGGAAAUCAAAUUUCUUAUUAUAAUUUUGUUUAAAUUUUUUUAUAAACAAUAGUGAAAAUUAUUUUUACAGCAAACACGUGCCAAAAACCAAAUUCUUUUUGAAUAAAAUGAAUAAAAUCAAGUGUGUGCUUUGGAUACAUUUUUACUGUGUAAAUGUAUAAACAAUAGAGAGAGAAAGAAAGCGAGAGAAGUUUAUAUUUUAAAUAAAAUGCCUAUAAAUGUUGUGUACGUAGGCAAUAAAUAGUAAUAUAUUUAAAAGACAAGUUUAGCGUUUAAAAAAUAAAAGAGUUGCCUUAAUUAAAAUUGUUAAAAAACCGAAAUAAUCUCGGCAAUGUAAUCUCACAAAUUUUGCGAUUGAAACGUUAAAGUAUCGUAAAAAUCGAAUUAUAAUUUUACCACUUAAGCCGAACAAGUGUUUUGUACUUUGCUCAGAAUAAAAGAAAAAGAUUCUAUAGACCGA